AUGGAAGAAGUGACAUCGUGCUCCUUCAGCAGCCCUCUGUUCCAGCAGGAGAACAAGAGAGGGGUCACCUACCGGAUCCCAGCCCUGAUCUACGUGCCCCCUGCCCGCACCUUCCUGGCCUUUGCAGAGAAGCGCUCCUCGAGCAAGGAUGAGGAUGCUCUCCACCUGGUGCUGAGACGAGGGUUGAGGACUGGGCGCUCAGUACAGUGGGAACCCGUGAAGUCCCUGAUGAAAGCCACAUUACCUGGACACCGGACCAUGAACCCCUGUCCUGUUUGGGAGCGGAAGAGUGGCUGUGUGUACCUGUUCUUCAUCUGUGUGCGAGGCCAUGUCACCGAGCGUCAGCAGAUUAUGUCAGGCAGGAAUGCUGCACGCCUCUGCUUCAUAUGCAGCCAGGAUGCUGGCUAUUCAUGGAGCGAGGUGAGGGACCUGACUGAGGAGGUCAUUGGCCCAGAGGUGGCACACUGGGCCACUUUUGCUGUGGGCCCAGGUCAUGGCAUCCAGCUGCAGUCGGGGAGGCUCAUCAUCCCUGCGUACGCCUACUACAUCCCAUUCUGGUUCUCUUGCUUUCGGCUGCCAUAUAAAGCUAGGCCUCAUUCCGUGAUGAUCUAUAGCGAUGACCUAGGAGCCACAUGGCAACAUGGCAGGCUUAUCAAGCCCAUGGUGACGGUGGAAUGUGAAGUGGCAGAGGUGAUCGGGAAGGUCGGCCACCCUGUGCUGUAUUGCAGUGCCCGGACACCAAACAGGUGCCGGGCAGAGGCCCUCAGCACUGACCAUGGUGAAUGCUUUCAGAAACCAGCCCUGAGCCAUCAGCUCUGUGAGCCACCUCAUGGCUGCCAAGGCAGUGUGGUGAGUUUCCAGCCCCUGGAGAUCCCAGGUGGAUGCCAGGAUCUUGCUGGCAAAGAGGCACCUGCCCUUCAGCAGAGUCCUCUGCUGUGCAGCUCAGUGAGGCCACAGCUGGAAGCUGGAACCCUGUCAGAAUCAUGGCUCUUGUACUCACACCCUACCAGUAAGAAACGCAGGGUCGACCUAGGCAUCUACCUCAACCAGAACCCCUUGGAGGCUGCCUGCUGGUCCCGCCCUUGGAUCUUGCACUGCGGGCCCUGUGGGUACUCUGAUUUGGCUGCUCUGGAGAACGAGGGCUUGUUUGGGUGUUUGUUUGAAUGUGGGACCAAGUGGGAGUGUGAGCAGAUCGCCUUCCGCCUGUUUACAGACCAAGAGAUCCUGAGUCACGUGCAAGGGGACUGCUCCACCCUUGGUAGGAACUCUGAGCCAAGUAAAAACUAA